GGUCCCCACAUGGGCAACAAGCAGACAGUUUUCACUCAAGAGCAGCUGGAAGCAUAUCAGGACUGCACUUUCUUCACAAGGAAGGAGAUCAUGAGGCUCUUCUAUCGCUACCAGGACCUGGCCCCCCAGCUUGUCCCUCUGGACUAUACCAGCUGCCCCAAUGUGAAGGUGCCCUACGAGCUCAUCGGCAGCAUGCCUGAGCUGAAGGACAACCCCUUCCGCCAGAGGAUCGUACAGGUCUUCUCUGAGGACGGGGACGGCCACAUGACCUUGGACAACUUCCUGGACAUGUUUUCCGUGAUGAGCGAAAUGGCUCCCCGAGACCUCAAAGCCUACUAUGCUUUUAAAAUUUAUGACUUUAACGAUGACAACUACAUCUGUGCGUGGGACCUGGAGCAGACGGUGACCAGGCUGACACGGGGGGAGCUGAGCGCUGAGGAGGUGAGCCUGGUGUGCGAGAAGGUGCUGGACGAGGCUGACGGGGACCACGACGGGCGGCUGACCCUGGAGGACUUCCAGAACAUGAUCCUGCGGGCGCCUGACUUCCUUAGCACCUUCCACAUCCGCAUCUGAGGGCACGGCGGAGGAGAAGCCAGGCCACAGGAGGGCGGCGUGACACUUGCCCUACUGUGAAAUCCAGUCUUCCUGGGCUCUGGGAAUAAACACAUCACUGAG